AUGGACAGCUGCUUGUGUGCGCACACAAAUUGCAAAAAGUCUCCAGAAUGGGUCUGCAACCACCAAGAAGGCACUUCCUUCUUAUGUAGCGACCAUCUCAAGUCUCACAUGUCUGACGAGUCUCAGCCUCAUGCUUUAUCCAUUCUUCAGUGUCUUAACCCCGUCACCAGAAGCUGGAUAUUAGAUUAUUUUAUAAAGGAAAAACAGAGUCUUGAACAAGCAAAAGCUAAUCUUAUUAAAUGUCUUGAGUCGAAACUAACAGAAGCAGAAAAUACGCUUGCCAGUGAUCUUGAGAUUUUAGAUAGUGAAAUUACUAAAAUUCAUAAUAUUCAAUAUGAAAUUAUGUCAGCACCAGAAAUUCUGCCAAAAGAUGCAAGCCCUUUUGUGAAGCUCGCUACUUUGCCAAAAGAAGACGCAUUACAAAGGCUUCAAGAGCUAUAUAAGAGCUUCUUACAAGAGGCAAUAACGAGGAUGAUUUCUUCGUAUAGUUGGCAGAGUCUGGAAGAUUUCGAAAAAAAAUGUGAAAAAAUUAAGGAAGAAAUGAAUGAAGUCAUGGAGAAAAAAAUCGAUGAAAUUGUGAAGGAGAAUGAAGAGAGAAUUAAAAAUCUUAAGCUUGAAAGCGAGAAUUUGGUGGAAAAAAUGAAAGUAAAUUUUAAUGAAAAAUUAUUCUGGUGUGUAUUAAUAUGGAAAUUUAUUGACUAUUUAUUUUAAUGGGAGCCUAAUAUAAUAAAAAAUAAAAGAAAUUGAAAAUAAACACAAAAAUGAAAUUGAAGAAAUUAAAUCAAAUUUCCAAAAGGAAUUUGAAACGAGACUUCAAACAGCCCAAGAAAGUUAUUUAAAGCCAUAUGCAAUUAAAAAUGAAGAUAACGAGUUUAGGAGUUUAAAUUCAAGCCAAGCAAAUGAUUUUGAGUUUGAUAUGGGAUCAGAGGCGUCUACUGAAAGCUGGACAAUUUCGUUUAAUAAAUUUACAGGAAGAGAAUGGUUUCCUUUUCCGCAGUUCAAGAUUGAUUUCUCAAAGCCAGCGCCUAUCCCAAUAGUUUCUUCAAAUAGUAUAUCAAUUUUUAAGCAUUGGACAAAAGAGCUUAUUAUAGGAAAAUUAGAAAGCGACUCUAAUAAAUCCAUUCAGCUUUCUCUUUUUGAGUCAAUGGAUUUAAGGACAUCAAUGUGUCCACUAACUCAUUGGUUUUUUUUAUAAUUUAUAAUUAAUUUUUUUAUUGAAAAUCUAUACUGGCAUGGUAAGUGAUAAUUAUAUUUUCUGCUAUGGGAAUCACCCAUGCACAGGCAUUACUUUUCUGAUCGAUCCAUUUAUGAGGAUAAUCCAUCUUGCUCCAGGCUAUCCAUGUCAUGGCUCAGGAAGUAUUUUUUACAAUAAUAAAGUCUACACUUUUGGAGGUUUUGACGGGAAAAACUUAGUCCGAGCUGCUUAUUUCGACCUCAGUCAAAACUUUUGGCAUCAGUUAUCUCCUAUGCCGAAGCCUUCAGCCAGAUGUUCCUGCGUCAUCUAUGGGAAUAUGAUCCUCCUAACAGGAAGGCAGCAUUCUGAUGCGUAUUUGUAUGACAUUAAUACAAAUUCGUACUCAGCGUUAGGGCUGACCUUGCUAAAAGACUCAACCAAAAUAAUUCUAACAGGGAACAACAGUGUCUAUAUAAUAGACGCCAAAGGCUUUAUAUAUAAAAAUGAAAAAGGUGACAUAAAUAUAUGGAAGCCUAUAAAAGAAGCCAAAUUGAAGGACAGAUGGCUGAACUCAUAUAGAGUGCUGUAUAAUAGCUCUGUAUACUUCAUUUUGGAUCACAAGCUAUAUAGAUUUGAUUUGGAGAGUGAAACAAUAAAGAGCGUCAAAAAAGAUGUGACCGCGCUUUCUGAGAGAGAUAUUGAGAUUUCUCUUUAA